AUGGGAGAUGGAGCACGAACAGUGUCGGCGUUUCCGCCGCCCCCACCCUACUUCAAACUUUACACAGAUGAGCGAGUGGCAGCGGGGGUGGCACCGCCCCCGCCGCCGGUGAUCGAGGGCACGUAUUCGAUGUUCGGACGACCCCUCGCCACGCAGGAGGUGGAAGACAGCCUCGAGAACCACCCGGGGCGGGUGCAGCUCUACCCGCGAGGCGAGAUUAACCACAGACGAGAGCUCAAGAAGCUCAAUCACUCGAUUCUACACAACUACCUGGAGCUGCUCAACACGCUGGUCACGAAUCCGCACGAGUACACCUUCCACGACAAGGUGGCCGAUCUCGAGCAGCUCUUCGUCAAUCUCCACUUCCUGCUCAACGCCUUCCGACCGCACCAGGCUCGCGAGACUCUCAUCUCCAUCCUCGCCGAGCAGCUCGACAAGCUACAGGCCCUCACCCUCGCCACCAAGAACGCCUUCCACGGCGUGUCCACCCUCCUCCACGACUCCCUACACGCUCUCGCCAUCGCCUCCCACCACCACCACGACGGCGACCAGACCGCAGCUGCUGACGGUGCGGCCGCGACCACCACCGAGCAGGUCCUUGCGACGACGGAAGCCGAGAAGGGAGAGGAGCUCGAGCUGGAGCCGGACGUGGUGGCCGCCAAGGAAGAGGCUCGCCUGGAGGCCGAGAUGGACCGACUACUGGGCCAGAUCAGCGAUAGCCACCACCCCUCCUGA